AUGACAUCAGCAAACGCGGCAGUGACCACUCUCUCCCUCUCUCUCCCACAUGGAUUCGAGGAUGCCGUUGAUGGAUCUCUGGUUCGCGACUUUGAGCCCAAGCCCCAAGCUCCUGUCUCAGAGUGCAGCAUCACGGCCGACAGCAGAAGAAUUGUCGCAGCAUCCUAUGACAAAAUGUUGCGGGCCUGGGACCUCGAGACUGGCAAGCUGCUGUGGCAGGUUGAGCACGAUUCCUUCAUCGUCUCCUGUAAGUUUUCUCCCGACGGUAGAUACGUGGUCUCGGGCUUGGACGUGGGUCACGCCAUCUGCGUGAUGGACGCGGAGAACACCGCCACCAUUUCCCUCGUCAAAGGUCAUCACCGGAAGUCCAUCACCGCGUGCUGCUUUGACCCCGACAGCCAGAAGGUGGCUUCCGUCUCGCUGGACAGGUGCAUCAAGAUCUGGGAUAUCACGUCGCAGGCCACACUGUUCACCAUCGCCAAGGCGCAUUCCAGCGCGAUCUCCAACUGCUGUUUCACCUUCAGCGGCCACUUCCUGUGUACAAGCUCCUGGGAUAAAACCUUAAAGAUAUGGAAUGUCCACACAGGGGAGUUUCGACACCACGGAGCCUGCGUGACUCUGAUGCAGGGCCACGAGGGUUCGGUCAGCUCCUGCUGCUUUGCCAGAGACAGCUCUUUCCUCAUUUCCGGAGGGUUUGACAAGACCGUGGCUGUUUGGGAUGUAGCAGAAGGCUACCGGAAGCUCUCCUUGAAGGGCCAUACAGACUGGGUGAUGGAUGUUGCCGUUAGUAAAGACAAGAAAUGGAUCCUAUCUGCUUCAAAGGAUAAGACCAUGAGACUAUGGAAUAUUGAAGAAAUGGACCAAAUUCCUUUGGUGAUGGAGUGCAGAAAGGCCAUGGGCUUAAAGGUGAAACAGUGUGAAGGAUGUGACAGGCCUUUCUCCAUCUUUGAGAGUGACACCUCUUCUGAAAUAUUCAGCAAAUGUGUGUUCUGCCGCAGAGAUGCAAAGGACUUGUCAGAAGAGUGUUCGUCGUCAUCGUCAUCAGAAAAGGAGAACUCGUCACCAACGCCGCCAUGCUCGGGGAGCAAGGAUGACUGA